AUGUCCAAUUUCCAAGCUUGCCACCAAUUCGCUGACACCGGUGCUUGCACCUACGGUGGUAAAUGUAAAUUCCAGCACAUUCGAGAGUCGGCGACACCAAGCUCGCCCGCUUCGAGCCCGCCGCGAAAGAAAGCCAAAAAGCAGCGUACAAUUACUUCGUCGCAAUUCACCACUUUCUUCGACGACUACCCUGAAUUUGACUACGACCCAGGAAAUUCUUCCAUCCGUGAAUUUUACCGGCUUUGCGAUUCCAAGGGUUGGGAACGGAAGGAUCCUGAACGAACGAAAGCAUUCCAAAUCUUCAAGGAUGCAUUGGUCAAAGAGUUCAACGGGAUCUAUGGGACGGACGAGAACGAUAUCGACUCUUGGCACAAGAUAUGCACCGUCUUGGACAUACACCCCUUGCCCGAUACUCUUAAGGAGGCGAGAGAUGGAGUCUUGUCGAAGCAUAUCAAUAUCGUUGACCUCGUCGACAAUCCUUCGGGUCAUGUCGCCAGCUUCGCAUCCCUUGAAGCACUGCGCGAGUACACCGUCGACGAAGGGAAGUAUUUCCCUGCCGAAAAUGCGUACGCAGGUGGGCUGUUGAAGUAUCUACUUCGGGAGAUUCACGGUACCUAUAAAGGAAGAAGGAGACCUAGCGGGUUCCGAGGUCGCCGUCGCCGUCAGCAACAAUAA